AGCUCUCUUGUGCACCAAUCGCUUCGGGUCCCGAGUGUAAAGAAGUGAGCGGCAGCGGAGCUGGGGUGUAGCUGAGUUUUGAACAUGACUCUCUGGCUCUGCUGCAUAGCUAAUCAUAACUAAUCAUAAAUAAUCGCUCUCACCUCAUUUGAGCUACAGAGAGAAGCAGAAGCCGGCUGCCCGAGCCUUUCUUCAGCAAACCUAAGGGGCUCUUUCGGGGAGGCAGGACUGAGCACUCUGUUAAUGACUGACCUCAGUGAGGAAAUACUUUUGCUUGUUAUUUGUUUUUUGGCCGCAUCCCCCCCUCCCCCCCAUCCAGCUGCGGCAGUAUCUCGAUGGGGAAGCUGAUCUCCAAAGGCUGGCGGAAAAGAGAUGCUCGGGUUAUCAUGCUGGGGCUCGACUUCGCUGGCAAAUCCACCCUUCUGUACAGACUGAAGAGCAGCCAGGCUGUGGAGACCUGCCCCACGGUGGGAUUCAACGUGGAGUCUCUGAAGACACCCUGCGGCGUGUCCUUCACCCUCUGGGAUGUUGGUGGGCAGGACAGCCUGCGGGCCAGCUGGCCCAACUACCUGGAGGACAUCAGCACCCUCAUCUUCGUGCUGGACAGCACGGACACGGCCCGGCUGGCCGAAGCCAUGGCAGCUCUGGAGGAGGCGCUGGGCCACCCCGGCAUGGCUGGCAUCCCUGUGCUCCUGCUGGCCAACAAGCAGGAUGUGCCGGGAGCGCUGGCACCCGCCGAGCUGGGGGAGAUGCUGCGGCGGGGGGGGCUGGCGAGGCACCGCUGGAUGCUGCGGGGCUGCAGUGCCCACACUGGCCAGGGCCUGCAGGAAGUGCUGGCCAUCCUGGGAAUGCUGCUGCGGGGCUCGGAGCACAGCUCCCUGUCCCGGGAGCAGCUGGCAGAGAGGAGGGGAGCCCCAGAGCAAACCUGAACCUCGCAGGGACCCUUCCCACUCACGGCUGCCUGCAGGUUUGUCACGGAGGACUCCAGCCUCCAGGCACCCCCUACGAGGAGCAGAGCUGCACUGGCACACACUGAGGAGCACCCAGCUCCUCACCACCAACACCCACCAGGAGGAUCUCUGAGCAAAACUCCCGUCGUGGAACAGUUUUGGCUGCAUCUCUUGGGCUCAUCUCUGGCUGCGCUGUCCCAACUUCCACUCGUGCACUACACUUGAGCGUCCAGAUGUUCAGCAAGGAUGCUUUUUAGCAUUCAUGAAUUAUAACAGAGGUGUGUGCAAGGAACAGAAGUCUUCUUCAUCCUGCAGCUUCCAGCCCAGCUACAUCUAUCCAGAUGGGAGGAUCCCCACGCGGGGGGAGCCUGGAUGUGCCCCAUGCUGCUGCUCUCUCAUCAUGAGCCACACGUUCAUUGGCUGGGAAUGCAGGAAGGCACUGAAAGGAAUGGCUGAACGGGAGCAGUGUAAUCUCAGGAGUUCAGAUGGCCAAGCAGCUAUUUGGUUUUAGUGUGGCAUCUACAGGUAUAAUAAUCUUCAAGCCAUGGAAGUGAGCCAGGAUUUGAUGGUGUAAUUCAGUUCAAGGAUCUGUGUAUAUUAAUUUAUGGAUUUCUUGUAACGGUUCUUUCUUUCUCCGUCAUUUUUAUCAAAGAAUUAUUUAAUGAAAAUGGUCCCUCGUUUUCCUUGGAUUAUGUUUUAAAUAUAAAGAAAUCUGACCUGUCUUUAAGAUGCUCGGAAAUAUGUCUCCAUGGCCAGUCAACCUCUAAAUAUCCUCAUCGUGGCCUGAACAGCCCACACAAAACCCUGUCUCUCGGACUUUUGAAACUGCAUGAGACCACUCCACAUGCAUUGGUUGGUAACCAUGGGCACCUAUGGGCACAGGCAGGUUGGUGACCAGUGGUCUCUCCACACUCAGCCAUGUCCAGGGCAAAUGAAAAUGCCCCUGGCUGCUCACAACAGGACCAGAUCCCAUGGCAGUGAUGGUCUUUGUCCAAUCUUGCUCAAUCUACCAUUGUAGACCUACAAAAUGCAUGC